GGAUGAGUCAAGGAGUUAAUACUUGGUGUUAAGCACUUCCCCGUUGUUGGAAAGGGAAAUAUGGCGAUGGAGGGUGCCAGUAUAACUUGGCUAGUUUUGAUCGCAUUAAGCCUCACCUCAUGUCACUUUUCAAAUGUGAACGGCUUUGAGUUUCCUCGGAUCUUUAAGCGAUAUGCUGCUGCUCAGGCCCCGGCACCUGCCCCUGCUCCUGCCCCAGCUCCAGCGCCAGCCCCUGCCGCAGCAGGAGCAGCAGAGAAAAAAUGUGAGAAGCCGCUGGACAUUAUAUUCGUCCUUGAUAGUUCUGAGAAGAUUGGAAAAGAAAAUUGGGAAAAAAUAAUUAAUGCUUCCAUCACGAUCGCGUCCAAGUUCAGCUUGCAGCACACUCGAUUUGGUGUGAUUCAAUACCAGUCAUAUCCAGAAACAGUCAUCCAACUUGGAAAUCCACCAUUUACCGACGACAAGCAGUUGCAAGCCACCUUUGCCAAAAUAUUCUAUAAGAGUGGUGGUAAGAGGACGGAUCUUGCCCUUAACAGCACUUUGGAUGUGUUCAAAGCGGCAAAGAUACGUAGCGGUAGUAAGGUUGUGAUUCUGAUCACUGGGGGACCCUCUAGCGAGGUGUUUCUCGCUCCUGGAAAAUCCAUUUCUGGAGAGGAUCUUCUGGGCAUGCCAACGGCUCAGUUACACAAAGCGGAAGUUGCUGUGUAUGCAGUUGGAGUUCAAGAAGGUCUUGCCGACGCUGAUAAGAAAACCCUGACCAAACAGUUGGGAAUUAUUGCCAGCACACCAACUUCAGAACACGUUUUUGAAUUAGCUGACUUUGCUACAGUGCUAAAGGAUGCCCCGAAAAUAGCCAACAAGUCCUGUAUAGUUAAUGGAGGAUGGAGUGCGUGGUCUGCGUGGUCUGAGUGCAGGCAUCCCUGUAUGGUGAAGAUGCGAACAAGAGAAUGUAAUAAUCCACUCCCUGAGACUGGGGGUCUCAACUGCACCGGCCCAAAAGUCGAACAGUAUCCCUGCGCAUCAGUAGCUGAAUGUCAAAGUACUCCACAGCCGGGACUAAACCCAUUAACGACUCUUGCUCCUAAACAAAAACUUUUACAAACAUCCGCACCAACGGAAAAACCACAACCUGCACCUCAACCUAAACCACAACCUGCCCCACAACCCAAACCACAACCUGCACCUCAACCUAAACCACAACCCGCCCCACGACCCAAACCACAACCUGUGCCCCAACCUAAACCACAACCCUCACCCAAACCCCAACCCCAACCACAACCACAACCACAACCUGGCCAACCUCAAGCUCCAUCACAGCAGAGUGGAAUUGUUGUACAUGGAUCCCCCGACCCAAAAAAUUGUGCGAACGGAUAUGAAGUUGUGCCCCUUUCGGAUUAUCAGCUAGAUGCCUCGUCAUCUUACGCCGAAGGAAUCAAUGAAGCGGAUAAGACUCAGUCCAGGAUUGAUCACAUGCCCGCCAUGGGAAAAGUAAAUAAUACGAAAGGACGAGGAGCCUGGUGUGUUGAUCAUGCCAAAGCCCUAGCUAAAGAUAGGAACCAAUAUCUUCAGCUGAAUCUUGGAGCACCAACCACCAUUGGAAUGAUAGAAACGCAAGGCCAGUAUUAUUACCCAAAUUUUGUUACCAAGUUCAGCCUCAAUUGCAGUGUGGAUGGCGUAAAUUGGGUCAGCUACGGCAAGACCCUGGAUGGUAACUACGACUCAAACUCUCGAGUUGAUAAUAAUCUUAGCCCUGCCAUAAGCGUAAGCUAUCUUCGGAUUAUCCCUGUGGAGUCUUCAACAGAUGAUGUGUGCAUGAGAGUAGCAGUCUUCAAAUGUCGAGCUGCAAAUCUUGUUCCACCGGCAAAAGACCUCCCUGAGGAUGCUUGGGCAGAUAAAUGGGCAAACGCCACACGCAAGUCGAAGAUAGAAAAGGCACAGAGUAAAAAUAGACAUCACAUGGCAGAACGUCUCGGAAAAGGGCUCCAUGAAAAGCAUUAGGCCGAGCAAGUCAGCUUGCGACCAUCAAGAAUCUCUCCAGUUCAAAGCCAGCAUUGGCAACAAAAUAACUGAAAUGCCUCUGAUCUGAAUGCCAUAAACUUUAGCCAAUCAUUUCCUGUACUUAGCCCUUGUUUUUCUUGGUGGAUCACGUGAAUUUCAGGUUUGAUGGCUGAGGGUCGUCCUUGGAACAAAAUAAUAAUCUGACCGAAUGAUUGAAGAAUACUGAGCCGAAUUUGUUGCUGAAACAAAAAUGUUUGAGGCAGCAAAGCUGGGUCAGAUAGCAAAGUUUUUUUCAUGGUGCUAGGUUCUAUUAUCUUCCUUUGCUGAAAGCGAGCAUAGGUCUGCCGUCGGAGUGGAUUAACUCUUUGCGUUGAAUACGGCGGUUUUUUUUCCUUUUUCAGUGAAAUUCGGUAUUAGAUUAUGAAAUUGUUAUUAACUUAUGUUUCGCCAUCCUAAACCAAACUUCACUAAAAGUAUCUUUUUUAUAGAAGUUGAGGUUGAUAAAAUUAAAUUGAAAUAAAAACCUGUUUAUUUUAA